UACAAUAUUUACACUAUAAAUGUACUUUAAAUUCCUUGACUUUCAAUCUAACAAAACGAUUUCAGCCAUAAUGAUCUAACACUGUAAGUGCGCAGGACGAAAACCCGAUUUGGGUUUAGAAAUUUUAGAGAUUUUAUGACGCCACCCCACGUUGGGGUGUUCGGAUAUGUUCAUUAUUAAAAGUGCAACAAUUAAUUUUGGACUUUUCUAACGACGGCCCUUACACAAGGGCUGUAUAAAUGAAGAAGCAACCGUUCUGUGGUAUACAGAAAUACUAAAAAAAUUGUUGACGAAACUUCAACUUGGAGUUUUAUUUAAUUUAUAUUAAUCUGACAGUGUAGUAAUCAUUCAUAUAACGAAUCUUCGUUUUGAAGUGAAGACAAUGAAGGUAAUUUGCAUAAUAUAAACUUAUUAAAAGAUGAUUUAGAUAAAAAAAACACACAAUAAUUUAUUGACAAUCAUCAGAUUUAAACGAGGAUAUUUUUACCAGCAAAAAUAUUUAGUUUCAAGAAAGAACAGCAAAUAUAACGUCACUACUUGUCUUUAGUUAAGUUGAACGACAAUUUAGUGGGUUUUUUUACGAAUUGCAAGCUUCAACAGCGAUCUUUAGAACUGAACAAACUUUGUUGAAAGACUUUGUCGCAGUUUGAAUGAAAUGAAGUAAAAAAAAUCUGCAUGGAAUAAUAAAAAAAACGUUUCGAUGGCAAUUUGCUAAGCAAUUACACACCAGAAUAAGACGUUGUCGUAACGUUGCUACGAAGACAUUCAAGAUAUACACCGGAACCUUUCCGACCAGAGGGAGCUAUGUGAUUGUGGGUGAAACAUUAUAGAAUAAAGUCUUUGCCGCCCACAACGAAACUUAAGCUAUGUUAUUCCAUCACACUUAGCGAUACGUGACAUUUAACAAAAUCUCUCUCAGGAUUGCGUGAAUAGUAAAGCAGACCACGACUAAUUCCCAUUCGGAAUUGAAAACUUUCUUCCUAUUCGGAUCUCAAAGAGAUCUUGACAUUUAUCAACCGGUAUUUGCAAUUUGCAAACCUUAGCUUUGAAGACGACCUAGUACAUGCGCAGUGAUUAAGUAGGAAAAAAACGUCCGGAAAAUAAAUGGAGUAAUUGCAAAAAAAACUUUUGACAUUUACGCGCUUGUCUUAAGUGCAUUGCGAAUCGAUGCCAUAGCGGAGCCAGUAACCGAAGUAACAAGAAUCCACACAUCUGCUGAAGACCCCCUCCUCCCACUAUCGAGAUCACGGUGCUAUUGUGCCGCAAAACUCUGUCAGAAUCACUAUCAGUAUUUUAAGCAUCAAAGAUGUCACUGACGUUGGAGAUCAACCCCUACUUAUUGUUGACAAGCAUCACUAUCAUCCUUGUCUUCAUUUAUCGGUAUAUGCAAGAGACGUUCACGAUAUUGGAGCGACUGGGCAUUCCAGGACCAAAGCCCAUCUGGGUGUUUGGGAACACGCAUGAGUUCAAGGACAAGAAUGUUUUGGACGUUUUCAGUUCGUGGCGAGAAAAGUACGGAAAUGUGUACGGGUUUUACGAAGGAUUUCGAGCAGGUGUGGUCAUCAAUGAUCCGGAAUUCGCAAGAGACAUACUCAACAAGCACUUCGAGAAGUUUUAUAUAAGAACGAGUUACCGGCCUUUUAUAUACUAUCCAGAUGAUUUGAGGCUUAUCAGCAUUGACGGUGAACACUGGAAGCACCAGCGUGCCGUCCUUAAUAAAAUGUUGAAUUCCACAGCGACAUUAAAGCAGGUUGUGGGUAAAGUUGUGAAGUCUUCGGUGAGAAUGCUGAAAGGUCUUGAGACUGAACGCAAGCUAUGUAUCGAUGGACUGAAUAUGUCACAGUUUAUUGAUAACUUCGUGUCGGAGUCGGUAGCCCGCAUUGUUCUUGACAUGGACGCAGACGAGAUAGACCGCCACGCCGCCAUCGUCCAUCGCUUCGAACGUGAGUCCAUGUGGUCGGCCGCCGCAGAUAACGAAAUCUCCGGACUUGCCAGACUGUUCCCAUCCCUUACGCCCUUGUUAAAACUGGGGGACAAGAAAUUCAAGUCCUCGCACGACGAUCUCGUUGCUUUGCUACGAGUGUAUCUUCCCAAAGCCAUCAGUGCGCAGAAUAAUAACAAAAUGAAGGAAGAAGACCAUCCUUCACUUUUAUCAUAUCUGACGUCAUCUCGCGUCUUGUCACGUGAUAUCGACGGAAGUCUCAUGAGACGAGAUCUUGAAACAGACGAGACUAUCGCACACGUUUUGUCUUUCAUCGGCGAGAUCUUCACAACUAUGACAGCUUCCAUUCAGUUCAUGGUGUACGAACUCGCGAGAAACCCGGAAUGCCAAGAAGAACUCUAUAAGGAAGUGACGUCAUUAUUCCCGAACGAGGAAGAUGUAACAAUGGACAAACUCCAGUAUAUGGAAUAUUUCGACAUGUUCUUCAGUGAAACAUACCGGAAGCACCCAAUCGCCCCUGGUGUUUCGAGAAUUUGUACCGAAAAUUGUCGACUGCGUGGCGUUAACUUCCGACAAGGAAUGACAGUUCGUGUGAUGACGUCACCGCUGUACUCUGAUCCAAAAAUAUUCCAACAUCCAAACAAAUUUAAUCCUCAUAGGUUUUCAAAAGAAGACCGGAUGUCCCGACAUCAGUAUUCCUUUCUUCCGUUCGGCCAGGGCCCAAGGGGCUGUCCGGGCCAAAAGCUCGCCACGAUGACCAUGAAGAUAGCCAUGAUCUACCUCGUACGCCGAUACACCUUCUCCACCUCAAAUAAAACUCAGAUUCCACUGAAGGAAGCACUUCGGCCAUCAUUAUGCCCCGCUGACGGUGUUCACGUUAACGUCACCCCGCGAUAGUCGCCCCUAGAUACACCCGACAUGUGGAAUGGACGCUUGUGCCAUUGUACGCAAUAAACAUUUGAACGCAGUGCGACGCGGAAUGGUGACGUCAUAGAUGUGAUGUCAUUAUCGAAUGGACGUUAUUGAUUAAGCGUAAUGUUUUGAUGAUCAACGAAAACGACAUUCGACGAAAAGUAGUGAGGCAAGGUGGAACACUUCCAUUAAUACCAAUAAGUGAACCGUGACACUCGUGCUUACAUUAACGCUAUCAUUGUAUAAGGAGUGCUUAUCCAUAAGGAAUACUUUCUGCAAUUUUAAAAAAGUACGUCAAUAAGAUGUUUUUAAGACAAAGAAAACAACAGAAUAUAUGAGCGGAAAAUAAACUGUAUCUGAAGUAUUAAAACAAUAUUACAAAUUGUGUAUUUUAAAGAUACUCCUGUUUGCGUUUGUAAGUUGAUACUAUUUACAGUCAAAACCCGCUAUGUCGAAGUCUUUGGGAACUCGGGAAUACUUCUAGAUAACUAUUAUUCGAUAUAACCGAAAUGCUAAAAGUGUCUUACUUAACCCAACACAUUUGAAAGAAGUUCGACAUAACCAGAACAUCGAGUAAACACAAUUCGACAUAGCGAGUUUCGACUGUAGGAGCGGAAAAAGAAAAUAUACAUGAUAAUAAGUCUAAAAUAAUCUUUUGUAAACAUUAAACGCUUCUGUGUUUUUUUUAUCAAUUUUUUUUCAGCAUUUCAAUGUACUCUAUGAACGAUAAUAAUGAACAUAAAACUCAAUUAACAAAAGGUGGACAUCAGUCAUGACAUACGCUAUGAUACAGGUAUACUCCAGAAAUAUUAAUCAACCUAUUAUAAUAACAAAAUUCUUGUUUUGUUAAAGAUAUUUUUUCCAUGAUAUUGUUACGCAUGUUAUGAACAAUUAACAGUAAACACGUUGAUAAUGUAUACUAUUAUUAUAUGUAUUCUUUUUCAUAUUUCUUAAAAUGUGAACCGACAAUAAAAUCAAAC